GGAACCGUCCACAUCUACACAUUAGCUAAAGAUAGGUAGGGUAAGAAAACGAGAAACAGUUUUAGGAAGGUAAGGCGAGUCUUUUAAAACAAGGUUGAUGAUUUUAUCAAUCAUUGUUAUAGUUUAAUAAAGGGUAAAAUAUUAUCCUGUAGUUUAUGGACGACCAGCUGUUUUGAAGAAUAUUUGAACUGCCUCAGGUAAAGUUGAAUUCAAAAUGUCCCUGCACGGGAAAAUAGUUGUAAUCAAAAGGAGUGGCGGAGAUGGGACUGAGUUUCCUCUGACUGCAUCAUGCUUAUUUGGAAGGAAACCUGACUGCGACAUUCGCAUUCAACUUCCUCAUGUCUCCAAGGAGCAUUGCAGGAUUGAGUUGAAUGAAAAUAAAGAGGUUAUUUUAACUAAUUUGAGUUCAACGAACCCAACCCGUGUCAAUGGGGAGGUUUUUCAGCAGUCUGAACGUUUGAAACAUGGAGAUCUAAUCACAAUUAUUGACCGUUCUUUCAGGUUUGAAUACCCUCCAGCACCCACUCCAAAGAAAAAUCGAUAUUCUACUGCUAGCAAAAGUGAAACUCCUCAGGUUUUACAUGAAACCCAAGCAAGGGAUACCAGCGCUAAAGAUGGAACCAACACUUCUGAUGUCAAACCCAGGGAGGAUGGAAGUCUUGAACAGAACAAGCCAAGCUCCCCUUUCUGUGAGCUGUACCAAAUGUUCAAACAAGAUCUGGAUUCCAAGACUCCAAAGAAAGCACUUGGAACACCUGCUUCGAGGCUUUGCCCACAGAAACCUAUCUCAACCAGGAAAGUGGAUGGGGCGUCUGUCAUUUCCACACCCAAGAAGGCGGAGACUGAAAAUGUGUCACCUGUCACUGGAGUGACUCCAAAAUCAGCCCAGAAGAAGCGAAAGUCCCUCAAAGGUCGGGUUGUUGAGGGGAAUGUGCCAGUCGAAGAUUUCAUCCAACUGCCUCCAUCUAUUCUUGAAACUCCCAAAGGUAGAAGGCGUUCUUCAAAGUCCAUAACACCCACCACUGUUGAAGAAAAAUCCGCCCCUGUUUCUCAGAGGAAAAGUCACCUGGCAACCCCCGAGAAGUUCACUGCUAGUGAAGUGGCUGAGCAGAUUUCUGAGUGUCCGACUGCAGAAAUCCUUACGACCCCCACUCGGAGGAGGAGCAGGGAAGCCACUCCUAUCAAAUCUUUGAUAACUGGGGUAGAACCACCUGCUGAUACUUUCGUCUCAAACCAAGACCAGAUCGUACUAACUGAGAAUUCCACGGCAAGUACUCCUAAGACCGAGCACUCCCACUCUCCAAGGCCUGCUGGGGAAAAGCUUCAAGCCCAGGAUGUGCUUUGUGAGCUGGAGGUGACCACACCUAUCAAUGUUAAACAGUCGUCUGCUAAGAAACGGAAGAGUGGAGACCUUGAAACUGAAUUUCCAACACCUCUGUGCAAGAGGAAACGGGUUUCAUUUGGAGGUCAUUUGGAGCCGGAACUGUUCGAUAAACGUCUUCCUCCUGACUCCCCACUAUGCAAAGGUGCCACUCCUGGACGGCGAAGCUUGUGUGCCCCCAAAAUGAAACAGUCACUCCUCAGGAGAGCGUCUGCAAUUGGUCUGAUAAAGGAGCAUGAACAAUCUGCCCCAGUGAAAGGAAGUCCAGGAAAGAAGGUAUCUCCCAAGACUCCCUCGCCUGCCAAGAAGUCGCCGACGGCAUCUCCCAAGACUCCCUCGCCUGCCAAGAAGUCGCCGACGGCAUCUCCCAAGACUCCCUCGCCUGCCAAGAAGUCGCCGAAGGCAUCUCCCAAGACUCCCUCGCCUGCCAAGAAGUCGCCGAAGGCAUCUCCCAAGACUCCCUCGCCUGCCAAGAAGUCGCCGAAGGCAUCUGCCAAGACUCCCUCGCCCGCCAAGAAGUCGCCGAAGGCAUCUGCCAAGACUCCCUCGCCCACCAAGUCACCAAAGGCAUCUGCCAAGAAGUCACCAAAGGCAUCUGCCAAGACUCCCUCGUCUGCCAAGAAGUCACCAAGAGCUAAAACGCCAUCUCCAGGUAAAGAGAAGACCCCGAAAACAGCUGUCAAGACUCCAUCUCCUGCUCGAAGAAAGUCUACAUUAAAAGAUGAAUCUCAAACACCAAAGGCUGGGAAAACUCCCAAGACCCCUGCAAGUUUGCCAUCAGCCAACACGACACCCACCAUGCAAGGCCGGUUCUCAGUGUCCCUCGUCAGCACACCAUCACCCACCGCAGACCAGGACUCUGUCCUACAGCCGUCUGUCACUGUAACGCCUCGUGUUCCCUUGAGGCGAACGACAAUGUCGUCAACCUCGAAGACGACACAGAAAAGCGCAAUGAAAAAUUCCCUUCAAGUCAUCCGUAGAAGAAGUGGUGUUUCUCGGGCAUCUAUGAAAGUUGUGAAUUCCUGGGCUGACAUUGUGAAGUUUGGCCAGACCAAGACCCAAGCUGUUAUCCCAACCAAGAAAACCACCCGAGUGACUAAGCCGAAGACUGUUGUACCAAAACCGAAGACACCUGUGAGGAAACUCAUAGGACAUAUCAGCACUGGUCAUGCCAAUUCACCUGUGACCAUUGUUGUGGGCAAAGCUCACAGGCUGAAAGCCAUUCAGCCAAGUGGGGCCGCCCCAAAGCUUGUCCACAACAUUGCUGUGCUAAAAAAGAACAUGAACAUGGAUGAGGAUUUGUCAGGCAUUGCAGACAUUUUCAAGACCCCUGCUAGGCAGAGGAAGUCUGUGGUCAAUGUGCAGAGUGCCCUCAAGACCCCCCUGAGAGCCCAGUCUACAUCUAUGAUGGAAUCAUCAGUGAUGAAUACCCCAGAGGAGACUGGUGAAAUGGUGGUGUCUCCACUUGUUGUUUCUACUGCUAAACGGGGCGCGUACAACAGCGAUGCAGUCACUAGACUCCUUCGGGAUGGUCAAGAAUCCAGUUUCAUCACAGAGGAAGCUGAUGACUCCCGUACUACACAAAAUGAGAUUCUUGCCUUAGAGAGGUCUUCAGAGGAAUCGAAGGAAGAACAGCGGCCAGAAUCAAAAAAAUCUAUUUCGACUCCCAAACAGAAGAAACCCGAACAACCCGAGUGUCUCACUGGAGUGAAGAGGAUCAUGAAGACCCCAAGACAGAAGGUGCAACCCAUUGAAGACCUCAGAGGAAAACUGAUGACAACUCCCAAACAGAAACUUGAGCAACUCGAAUGUCUCACUGGUGUGAAGAGGAUCAUGAAGACCCCAAGACAGAAGGUGCAACCCAUUGAAGACCUCAGAGGGAAACUGAUGACAACUCCAAGAGGGCCUAAGGCUUCUCAGGAAGUAAGCUUAGCUGGUGUAAGGGAACUCCUGACCACCCCCAAACAAAUCGCUGAACCUGUUGAAGAGAUGUCUGGUAAAGUCCAAGAUGACAACGUCCACAGCGAGACAAAAGAGAUUCACGGCGACGCCAUUUCUCCUAAAUGCCUCUCAGGUAACGUUGAAUUCAAAAUGCCCCUGUUCGGGAAAAUAGUUGUAAUCAAAAGGAGUGGCGGAGAUGGGACUGCGUUUCCUCUGACUGCAUCAUGCUUAUUUGGAAGGAAACCUGACUGCGACAUUUGCGUUAAACUUCCCGAAGUAUCCAAGGAGCAUUGCAGGAUUGAGUUGAAUGAAAAUAACGAGGUUAUUUUAACUAAUUUGAGUUCAACGAACCCGACCCGUGUCAAUGGAGAGGUUUUGCAGCAGUCUGAACAUUUAAAACAUGGGGAUCUAAUCACAAUUAUUGACCGUUCUUUCAGGUUUGAAUACCCUCAAGCACCCACUCCAAAGAGAAAUAGAUAUUCUAAACAGAACACUCCAAGAGGGCCUAAGGCUCUUCAGAAAGUAAGCUUAGAUGUUGUGAAGACCCCCAAGCACGUCGCGCAACCUGUUGAAGAAAUUUCUGGUGACGCCCAAGAGAUUCCUGAUGCCAUGACAACCGAGGCAGUGGAAGAGCUUGCUGCUGCUCUUGCUGAGGCAGUGGAGGAAGAACAGCCUGCUCCUCUUGCUGAGGCAGUGCAGGAGGUAGAAGAGCCAGUUUCUGCACCUGUUGAGGCAGUGGAGGAAGAACAACCUGCUCUUCUUGUUGAGGCAGUGCAGGAGGUAGAAGAGCCAGUUUCUGCACCUGCUGAGGCAGUGGAGGAAAAACAACCUGCUCUUCUUGUUGAGGCAGUGCAGGAGGUAGAGACCUUUUCUGCACCUGCUGAGGCAGUGCAGGAGGUAGAAGAGCCAGCUUUUGCACCUGCUGAGGCAGUGGAGGAAAAACAACCUGCUCCUCUUACUGAGGCAGUGCAGGAGGUAGAUGCCUUUUCUGCACCUGCUGAGGCAGUGCAGGAGGUAGAAGAGCCAGCUUUUGCACCUGCUGAGGCAGUGGAGGAAGAACAACCUGCUCCUCUUGCUGAGCCCAUUGCUGCACCUGCUGAGGCAGUGGAGAUGGCACAUCUUGACAGUGAAGAGCCUUCUGUUCCAGUAAAAGGUAGAGUAAAGAAAACCGAGGGGAUUGUGCCACCACCUGCUAGAGUGAGAUCGGCAAGGCGUAAUGAGACCAGUAGUGUUGAGGCACCAGCAGAAACUAUGGACUCUGUGGAUGUCCAGGAGAAAAUGGCAGUUGACCCAGUUCCUGAUGAAAAGCUCAAGAGAGGAAGAAAGGCCAAACGGGCUUCUGUAGAGCGAGUUGAAUCAGUGCAGGAGAACGCUGUUGAAAGUGAGAGUGCUGAAAUUCCUCCAUUUGAGGACCAGCAGCCAACUUCUGAUGUCCCCGUGGAGAAACCCAGAAGAGGAAGAAAGGCCAAACAGGCUUCUGUAGAACAAGUUGAAACCGUGUUGGAGAACACUGAAGCUGUGAGUGUUCCUGUCACUGAGACGUUUGAGGCCCAGACUCCAGUCGUUAGGUCUGAGAGAGGAAGAAAGCCUAAACAGGAUUCAGUAGAAGAAGUUGAAGCGGGGGUUUUUGAAAUUCCUCCAAUUAAGAUUGUGGAAGCCAAGGAGAUGCCUGCUAGUGUUCCUGUUGAGAAACCACAGGCAAGAGGAAAACGGGGUAAACAGGAAUCUGAAGAAGCCAAAACAAUGGAAGAAAAUGUUGUGGCGGUUGAUAUUCCUACAGAAGAGGUGGAGGCCUCAGUCCUGUUUGCAAAACCCAUAAGAGGAAGAAAGACUAAGCAGGAGCCUGUAGAUCAAGUGGAGUCUGUGAGUAUUGAAACUCCCAUUGAACAAGUGGAGGCCCAGGAGCAGGCCACUGUGGCUCCAGUUGAGAAACCCAAAAGAGGGGGAAGAAAGACUAAGCAAGCUUCUGUAGAGCAAGUUGAAGAUCACCCUGUAGAGUCUCUGACUGUUGAACUCCAGGAGCAGACUACUGUAGCCCCAGUUGAGAAACCCAAAAGAGGGGGAAGGAAGACUAAGCAGGCUUCUGUAGAGCAAGUUGAAGAUCACCCUGUAGAGUCUCUGACUGUUGAACUCCAGGAGCAGACUACUGUAGCCCCAGUUGAGAAACCCAAAAGAGGGGGAAGGAAGACUAAGCAGGCUUCUAUAGAGAAAGUUGAGCCUGUUGAGGAUCACCCUGUUGAGUCUCUGACAGUUGAAGCCAAGGAGCAGACCACUGUGGCUCCAGUUGAGAAACCCAAAAGAGGGGGAAGAAAGACUAAGCAGGCUUCUGUAGAGCAAGUUGAAGAUCACCCUGUAGAGUCUCUGACUGUUGAACUCCAGGAGCAGACUACUGUAGCCCCAGUUGAGAAACCCAAAAGAGGGGGAAGGAAGACUAAGCAGGCUUCUGUAGAGCAAGUUGAAGAUCACCCCGUUGAGUCUCUGACUGUUGAACUCCAGGAGCAGACUACUGUGGCUCCAGUUGAGAAACCCAAAAGAGGGGGAAGAAAGACUAAGCAAGCUUCUGUAGAGCAAGUUGAGCCUGUUGAGGAUCACACCGUUGAGACUCUGACUGUUGAGCUCCAGGAGCAGACUACCUUGGCUUCGGUUGAGAAACCUAAAAGAGUGGGAAGGAGGACUAAACAGGACCCUGGGUGUGUCGUCCCGCCAGUAUCCACAGAGACUCCAGAGGAAACAUCUGCUCCCCCUACAGAGAAACUUAAAAGAGGAGGAAGAAGAGCAAAGCAGCAGAAGGUUCCUGAAGUGGUGGAAGUUGAGAACAUGGUAGUGCAGGAGGUCCACCUUCCUGCACAAACUGAGGUUGAUGCUAGACCAGAGUGUGAAGAGGCUGAUGCUGAAGAACUGCUGGAAGCUCCGGUUGUCAAACUGGGAUGGAGAAGGAAGGCAAAAGCCGUUGUGAAGGAUGAAGUGCCUGCCAAGCGAGCACGCAGAGGAGCAGCUGAUUCCACAAAGGUGCCCACUGUUGCAGAAGCAACUGUGGAAGUUCCAACUGAGCCUGUCAAGCGAGGUAGAAGGGCAGCUAAAUCCAAAGUCUCUGCAGAUGAAAUCACCAUUGCAGCCGAGAGCACUCCGUUGGAGGCUGAGGUAACAGACACGGAGGUUAUGACUGCUGUGGUUAGAAGAGGAAAAGCCCCUAAAAGGGGAAAUGCUGUUUCUGAAACGACCUCUGACCAGGCAAAUUCUAUUGAAGGCAUGGAAACCAUUGACAAAGGCUCAAAAAAGACCUCAAAAUCUGUGAAUUGGAAACCUGAUUUGGAAGUUACACACAAGGUCACCCCUCUUCCUAAACAGAAGACGUCCCGACGGAAUGAUACUGUUCCUGUUACUAAGGUUGAAGAACAGCCUGAACGGAGUGAAGAACAGCAGGUUGUGAAGACAGUGCGAGGGAGAAGAGCAAGAUCUUACGUCGCGGUCGUAGAGGAGACCGUACAAUCAACACCCUCAAAAAGGGCACGCCAUAGCACCAUAGAGACCUCUGCUGCUGAAGCCACGGUCCCCAUUUCAAAGCCAGUAAACGAAAGAAAUUCAGCAAGAUCUAUGACAACUGAAGAGGCAGAUCUCUCUGAUAAAGCUGUUCCAAAGGAGCCUGUCAAGAAAACAAGACGGGCAGCAAAGUCUACUGCAGCAGCUCCCGUUGAGGCCACGAGCACUACUCCUGCUGUCCCGGAGGAAGAGACCACCCCCGAUGCCACAGUUGUGGCUGCUACAAAAGGAAGAGGUAAAGCGACAAAAGGAAAAACGGUAUCUCAGGAAAUUGACAUUGAGCAAGGUACUGAGUCGGAGCAGCCGUGUAAGCCCCGCAGAGGGAGAGCAGCAAGAAAAUAGAGCUUAGGCAGUCAUAGAUUUUUGUUUGUUUUUAAUACUUUGUUAUAGAAAUGCUAAUGCUCAACUUAUUAUUUUUUUUGUACUUGCCUGGAGUUACAGAUGUAUAAUUGAAGGCCAGUGCUUUACAAUAUUAUUCUGAUUUUUGGUCUUAAUUGUGGUUAGUUUUGCUACAUUCUCUGAAUAUUUUUUUACAUUUUUAAAGAAUUUGUAUUUAGACUGAAAAUAGUUUGGGUGAAAUUAUUCAUAUUAAAAAUCAAAAACUUAA